CAGAUAUAUAGAUAGAUAGAUAGAUAGAUAGAUAGAUAGAUAGAUGUGGCAAAUUAAGAUGCUAAUUAGACAGCAGGAUUAUUGAACAGGUGUGUUUUAGGCGGCCCGCAAUAAGAGGCCCUUUUAAUAUCAUUUUUACAUUUUUUUUUUUUAAAGUUAUUCCAAAGUCGUUGGUUUGGUAGAAUAUUCUUACUCCUUUAAUCAUGGAACAUAGGCAAAACAAUUGAGAAAAAUAUUACAACAUUACAACAAACUAUCCAUCCAUUUUCUGAGCCUCUUCUCCUCACUAGGGUCGCGGGCGUGCUGGAGCCUAUCCCAGCUGUCAUCGGGCAGGAGGCGGGGUACACCCUGAACUGGUUGCCAGCCAAUCGCAGGGCACAUACAAACAAACAACCAUUCGCACUCACAGUCAUGCCUACGGGCAAUUUAGAGUCUCCAAUUAAUGCAUGUUUUUGGGAUGUGGGAGGAAACCGGAGUGCCCGGAGAAAACCCACGCAGGCACGGGGAGAACAUGCAAACUCCACACAGGCGGGGCCGGGGAUUGAACCCCGCACCUCAGAACUGUGAGGCUGACGCUCUUACCAGGCAACAAAUUAUAAGUAUUUUAAAAUAGGGAGUUACUUUUCAACCACCCUGUAUAUAAUAAAUGAUCAAUAUAUGCAAUAAAUUUAAGUAGAACGCAAAUAAUAUAUACCGGGUCUCGAGUAAUCAUUAACAUUUGUCAUAAUCUUAAUAAUGAAAUUUUAAUUGAAUUAUAUUGGAUUUGAAAUUGAAUUUUCCCGGACCUGGAAAUAUAGUGCAGUGUACCUUCCUCCCACAUGUGAAAACAACUCCCACGUUUGUACAAAAAGAGAAAAAAAAGAAAAAGAAAGUUGCUCGAGGACGUGGGAGGACUGGCGUCCUCUCAGCCUCCACCUUAAUAAUCAUCACCAUAAUGAUCACUUUUCAUUUCCGAGCUCCUCCGGCCAUGAGCAAACUGGCACCUCCGACCGGCGAGCAGCCUCCGUCGUCUUCGUCGCCGCCGACCGCGGUCCAGCAGCGGGGGCCGCGGAUGCCCAAGUGCUCCCGCUGCCGCAACCACGGCUACGUGUCGCACCUGAAGGGCCACAAGCGCUUCUGCAAGUGGAAGGACUGCCAGUGUGAUAAGUGUAAGCUCAUAGCCGAGAGGCAGAGGGUCAUGGCGGCUCAGGUUGCCUUGAGGAGGCAGCAAGCUCAGGAAGAGGAGCUGGGCCUUUGCAGCCCGGUGAACCUGCCACCCCCGGUGUCCAUGGUGAAGACGGAAGACGAUGUCCACUGCCUGUUCACAGCCGAAGGACACCCCCUCGCCCCAGCUGAAGCUUCUUCUUCUUCUCUGAUUUCUACCGCAGGUGCAGGAAGUCGUUGCAGCCCAGUGGCCAGUAGCAGGCCUCUCAAUGACGUUCAGUCGGAGCUGCAGUUGGAAACCUCCUACCACAACCUCUACCAGCCCCCCUGCUACUCGGCCUACUACAACAAUCUGUACAACCACCAGCAAUACCAGGUGCCUCACGCCGACAGCGGCCGCCUGUCGGGCCACAGCAUGUCUCCGCAGUACCGCAUGCACACCUACUACCCAGCGGCGGCCACUUACCUCCCCCAGGGCCUCGGCUCCUCCUCCUUCUUCACCCUGGAGGACACCAGCUGCUCCGAGGCGAUGGCCGCCUCCAUGUCCGCCAGCAGCAUCGGCGCCGUCCAGGACUCCAUGGCCUUCAACUCCGUUGCGGACAUCAAGUCGGAGCUGGAUGCCGAAGACGACAAGUCCGACCGCCUUGUCAUCGAUGAAGACGUGGGCAAAUGAACACCGAGGUUCACUUUUUGCUCUACAAGCAACGCCUUAAAUAAAUACAUUUUGUAGUCGAGUUAGUUAGCGGUUCCAUUAAUCAUCCAAAACAACAUUAGGAGGCAUGACUUCACUUUUCACUUCUUCAAUUCAGCAAUAAUUGCAUUUUUUUUUUUUUUUUUUUACUAUAUGAAAUGAUUUAUUUUUUGGUACUUCUCAUGUUGGUGCAUUUUGUUUUCAUGGUGUGUUUUCUUCUCAAGUUGUUAUCUUCAGGUUUUCAUGUUUUCUUUGCAUUUGUUGUUUUCUUCUUGCGUUUGUUGUUUUCUUCUCAUGUUUUGUUUCAGUCUCAUGUUGUUUCCUUCACACAUUUGUUGUUUUAUUCUUUUCUUGUUGUGUUUUCUUAUAUUUGGAUGUGUUUUUCUCAUUGUAUUUUUCCUUCUCAUUAUUUGUUCGUCCCAUUCUUUUGCGUCUCAUGUUUGGUUGUUGUGUUUUGUUCUCACUGUGGCGUCCUGGGGGCAUCCUAACCAGAAGCCCUAGCCACCUCAUCUAGCUCCUCUCAAUGCGGAGGAGCAGCCGCUUGACUCUGUGCUCCUCGCGGAUGGCUGAGCUUCUCACCCUAUCUCUAAGUGAGAGCGGACACCCUGUGAAGGAAACUAAUUUCGGCUGCUUGUAUCAGCGAGCUUGCUCUUCCGGUCACGACCCACAGCUGGUGACCAUAGGCGAGGGUAGGAACGUAAUGCGACUGGUAACUCGAGAGAUUUUCCUUUGAGUUCAGCUCCUUCUUCACCCCAAUAGACUGAUGCAGACGCUGCACCGAUCUCCCUGUCGGUCUCCCGCGCCAGUCUUCUCUCACUUGUGAACAAGACCCCGAGAUUCUUAACUCCUCCACUUGGGGCAGGAUCUCCUCCUCGACCCAGAGGGGGGCACUCCAUCCUUUUCCUACUGAAGACCGUGGCCUCAGAUUUGGAGGUGCUGAGCCGCCUCACACUCGGCUGCGAACCGCCCCAGCGAGAGUUGAAGAUCACGGCUCGAUGAAGCCAUCGGAACCACAUCAUCUGCAAAAUGCAGAGAUGCAAUACUGAUGUCACCAAAAUGGACCUCCUCAACGGCUUGGCUGUGCCCAGAAAUUCUGUCCAAGAAGGGUAUGAACAGAAUGGAUGACAAAGGGCAGCCUUUGUCCAACCCUCACUGGAAAGGUAUUCAACUCAAUGCGGACCAAACUCUUACACCGGUCAUACAGGGACUGAACAGCCCUUAUCGGGGGUACGGUACCCCAUACUCCCGGAGCAGCCCCCACAGGACUCCUCGAGGGGCACGGUCAAAUGCCUUUUCUCUCAGCUGGCCUAAGAACACCUCGGGAUUCCCCCAGAAGAGCUGGACGAAGUGGCUGGGGAAACUUCCCCGCUUAAACUGCUGCCCCACGACCCAACUUCAGAAGAUGUGAGAAUGAAUGUUUUCUUCUCGUGAUGUGUUUGUUUCUCACGUUUAUUUUCUUCUCACAUUGUGGUGUUUUAUUCCACGUUUAUUGUUUUCUUUUCAAGUUACUUUCUUCAGGCUUUUGUGUGUUUUUUUUAGCAUUUGCUGUUUUCUUGUCAUGGUCUUGUUUUUCUUGUUCCAUUCUUAUGUUGUUUUAUUCUCAUUUAUAUUUGCUCCUCAUGUUUAUUUUCAUGUUUUCUGAUUAGAGUUUUUUUUUAAGUUUCUUUUUUUCUUCUCAUGUUGCAUUUUCUUAUGAGUUUCAUUUUUAUGUUUGUUUUCCUUUCUUGCCCCACUAAAGACUUAAUUGAUCAAACUGUCCAAUCAAGAAAAUUCAGUCCAACAUCUAUCCUUCGUGUUUGACUACUUUUAAAAACAAAUACAAAAAUAAGAGAGAGAAAAAAAAGAUUUACUCUUAAAAAACAAAUUAGCAGCCUAAUUGAUUCCUUGCAAGCUCAUUUGGUUAUACAUGAUAAUAAUGACAAAUGUAUGUUUUUGGGUACAUUUUGCUCAACGUGAUGUGUGGCUAAUCCUAAAGAAUUGUAAACUCUUCUCUGCUGUUUUCCCCUCACAAAUAUUCUUCUUAAUAUUCUAAACAUAAAAAUGUUAAACCGC